AGUGUGUCACGCGGCAUCUACCACUGAUCAACAUGAGCCGCAGUCUCUUAAGCGAGCCGUUGAUCCUUCUAUUACUCAUCGGUACCGGUUGGUGUGUGCUGAAAGACUCGAAAAUCGAAGCUCUCUAUGAUGGCAGUGUAUUACAGAUGCCUCUGACUAAUCUCGCUAGCAGUGAACCGUUCAUCAAACAGAUAACUAUUGCCCCGAGUAGUAACACUACAUUUAAUGUAACAAACGUUUCAUCCUCCGCUUCGUUUAUUAUCGUUCAAGUUCAUACAUAUCAGUAUAAUGUUACGUUGUCAUACGAUAAGGAUCACCUUCAUAAAGUUUCGAACAGGAGUGUAUUUGGAUCGAAUAUCGGCCUUUACGUUAAGGCGGGUUCGAGUAUAGUCACGCAGCUCUACUUGAGAAAUGAUAAUCUCCACCUUGUUGAUGCCAUAGCCGUUGCCAUUAUUUAUAAUGAUAAAGCACCCGUACCGGGUGGAUGCAACAUGGAGUUCAAUACGGAAAUCGCGCCGUACGCGAGGCUACAGCUGCAGGACACGAUGGUUGUUUUCGACACGCAACCAGCCUCGAUACCAUUUAACGACACCGUGAAGCCGUUUUGCGACAAAAAUCCAGUGGAACACAGCAUGUAUCAGAUGUUCAUAACCGAGCAGGACUUUUCACCUGAAUCCUACUUCAUAGCUAUUUCGAGUAUGCUCACCGUGGAUGAUAUCGUGGAGAAUGGCCGAAAGGUCUCAAGCACCACGCUACUUUCUCCGAUGAGAAAAGUCUUCAGCGCAUACACCGGAACCGGAUCUGUCUACGUCGCUGUAGCUACAUACGGGAAGUUAUCGACUGCAUACGUACCCACCUUCUCCUACGCCUGCAGCCCUGUGCUUUACCCAGAAUCCUGCGACGUGUUAACUGAUACUUUCCCGAAAUUCAUCUGCGCUGGCUGCUUCUUCUUGGGCCUCCUCUCAGUCUGCCUAGGACAUUACCACCUUCCUAUCGACCAGUCGUUGCCCAUAUUUUUCACUUCAACUAUACUCGGUUACAUGAUCACACAAAACAUCGGAUGGGCCUUGCUAAUAGGCCUUUUCGGCAUGAUCCUAUGGCAUUGCUUCCGCGUAUGCUUCCCUAUACUCGGCCUGGGUUUGUUCAACAUCAGCCUAGGGUUCUUCUUCACCAACGUCGUCUACUUUCAUGCACCAGAUUCUUUUAUAAUUCUCCAAAGCAAUUGGGUCUUCUGGUCACUGUUUGCGUCAAUGGUAGUUCUCAUUUCGUUAAUCAUGAUGUCACUGCAUAUCGUUGCCUGUGUCGUAUCCUGCGCGAUAUAUUCGUCGUACAUGAUGGUGUUGCCGUUAGAUUAUUGGGUCGGCUCCUCUCUGAAAUACAUCAUUAUAAAUGUGAUAAGAAGAGCGACCGUGGAUGGCUACCAGGACGCUAUUAUUUCACCUCCUACUCAGGGAAAGGAUAUCGCCUUAAUCUGCUUGUGGGUGUUGCUGGCAGCAUAUCGGUGCAUAAAGGGAUCUGUAUCAGGUAUAUCUGGAGAGAAAAUACCUCUUCUAAGCGACAUGUAAUCUGAAUGAUUGUUCUCGAUAG